AUGAAGCAUGUAACGGACUUCACCAUCCUGGCUGACCUCGCGACAGACGGCUUCUGGGAAUGGUACCCGGCGCUAAACUACGAGUACAUGAGCGAGCGGUUUUGGUCCAUCCUUGGAUACAGCCAGGGCGAAAUGGACGAGAGUCCAGACGCUUGGGUGGAAAAGAUUGACUCCGACGACGCCAGGCGAGCGAUGGCGAAUUUCACAGAGCACUCGGGUAGCAGGGGCGCAGUUCCGUACUACCUGACGGUCAAGUACAGGCACAAAGAUGGACACGUCGUACACAUUGUCUGCAGAGGAUCCGUGGAAGAGUGGCUCCCGGACGGAACCCCCUGGAGAAUCAUAGGCACGCAUACGGAUGUGACCGACAUUGUGAUGAAAGAUUCCUUGCGUGCUAGGGAACAGUUUGUGUCGCGCAUGUCUCACGAGAUUCGUUCACCACUCUGCGCGGUUCUGAACGAGUGUGACCUGCUUGGAAACAAGUACGACCUCUCGGUCAUCAAAGACUCCUGUACGCAAAUAUUGUACAUCGCGAACGAUAUCCUAAGUCUGGACAAGCUGAAGUCGAACGCGAUGGUGCUAGACGCCGAACCAUGUGACCCCGAAGAGGUCAUCGCCAGCUCCAUCAAACGACACAGGAGGGAGUUUAAGAAAAAAGGACUGCGGUUGUCUUCGUCGAUGGACGACAUGCCACCGCUGAUCUCACUCGACAGGGCAAAAUUCAAUCAGAUCUUGGACAAUAUCUUAUCCAAUGCCUUGAAAUACACCAACAAGGGGAGCGUGUCGAUUGACUGCGGCUUCGACUGCAAUAGUUCCAUGCUGAGCGUGACCGUAGAAGACACGGGUGUCGGUAUUCCAGCCGACGAACAGGGGAAAAUUUUUGACGAGUUCUUUCAAGGAAGCAAGUCCAUGAGAGGGAUCGGUAUCGGCCUCCACAUCGUUACCGUGUUGUCCAAGUUCUUGGGUGGAAAAAUAGAGGUGGUUCGUUCCGAGGUGGGUGAGGGGACGACGAUGAGGUUUGGUGUUGUGGCAGAAGUUCUGUCCCCGAGCGACGAGGAACAAUCGGCAACCACCAAGACUUUGAGGGUGUUGGUUGUGGAUGACAUCGCAACGAAUCGCAAGUAUCUCGACCGCAAGCUACAAGGCAUGGAAGACGCCGUGGGCUUGAAGGUGACCGAGGUUGUCGAGGCAUGCGACGGCAAGGAUGCUGUCCGGGUGUUCGAGAAAUCUGACGAUCGCUUUGAUGUCGUCCUCAUGGACUGCCUCAUGCCAAUCAUGGACGGGUUUCAAGCGACAAAAGAAAUCCAUUCCGUUUGUGACAAGAAAGAAAUACCGAGAGUCCCCGUAGUCGCGGUUACCGCUAGCAUCGCGGACAACAUUUAUCAACUGUGUCAAGAUGCGGGUAUGACAUGCGUAGUUACAAAGCCUUUCUCGCCGGAGCAACUAUACCAGUCGAUAGAGAAGUCUAAGAUCGCCUAA